AUGGCGUACGCGUCGACGCCAUCGACGGCGUCGUGCUGCGGGCGCGAGGGCGGCUUCGGGAGGCUCGUGAUCGACCCCUGGCCGGGCCUCGGCGAGGAGCCGCACGGGAGCCCCCUGAUGGCCAUCAACGACUGUCGCGCGAACCCGUUCCUCAAUUUGACAAGGAAAUAUGAGUUGGAGAACUGCGCCUUCGUCAACGCGUACGUGCGGGGCUUCGCGCACGUCUUCGUCGUCGCCACGCGCGACAUCGUCGCCGGCCAGGAGCUCCUGAUCGACUACAAGGAGAGCUACUGGAAAGAGCGGGCCGUCAUGGAGCGCUACAUGGGGCCGUUCCGCGCGGCGCACCAGCCCGUGGAGCUCGACCGGCUCCGCGCCGCGCUCGUGCAGCGGCGCGGCGAGUAA